AUGUCAAAACAACAGCGCUCAACUCCGUCUGAUUCAGCGCUCCCUUAUCGAAUCCAGUUGGAUCAUAAAAAUAUGGUACUUUUGCGGGCUGCCGACAAGGAAUUAUUUUUAGUAGAUAUCAACUGCGCGAUGGUAAGCCGUCGAUGCCAUAAAUAUCUGAAGGAAGAGAGGGUAAAGAGCGACGUAGUGCAGCUUGCUGUGCAGGAAAUGAAAAGCUCUGAGGAAUGCUCUACAAGUGAUGGUGUAGCUUCUGAUCAGAAAGAAGUAAUCGGUUCAAUUGCUUAUCCAGUUAUUGAUCUGCCAGAUAUUGCUUCGGAUGUGCUCGAUCUUGCUAUUGGGUUCAUGUAUAACAAAUACAAACUCGAUGUCGAUUCAGAAAAGCAACUCGCCCAUCAGCCAAAAUGGUGUCAUUCUUCUGCCGCGAAACUCAUCGCGGCGAGUGUUUUGUUGGAGAUGUGA